GUCUUGUCCUUCGAUAAUACACUCGUUAAUUUGUCAUCAACCAGAGUGCUAUUCGGAAUACCUCAGAAUUGCCAACAAUGACCAAGUUCUCUGAUUUGACUAGUAGAUUUCGUGUUGCAGUUCCCAAUCAUGACCGCACGCGUGUCAGCAAAAGGAACCGGCUUGCGGUGUCAUGUUCCAACUGUCGCACUCGGAGAACGAAAUGUGAUCGUAAGCAACCUUGUGAUAGCUGCACGAAACGGAGUAUGGAUUCAUCAUGCAGCUUUACGCCCACAACGCCGAGAGACAAGCAUGAAGCAACUCGGGCGGUCUCCCGCAAAAGUGAAGCUGCAAGAAGGCUACAGGAAUUAGAGUGUAUCGUCAGCAAGCUCAUCCAACCCCGCUCGGAACCUCCAGAUGAUGAUGCGAACAACACUAGUUCAUCAGGAUCCUCUCAUAUAUCCUCAACACCAGUGUCCGAGGCUCAUCUAAUGGCAGGUCAGCAGGGGUCUGGUGCCGGAGGCGAUAUAGGAUACGCAGGCUCUACAAAUUGGAGAUCAGUGUUGGAGAGUAUUCAGGGGAUACGCGCUUUUCUUGAUGUGAAUGACGGAGGGCUCAGUGAAGGCACUCCUGCUGUGUCUUUGUCUGAUAUACAAGAGCCAGCGUCCGACUUUACCGCAAGUCCAGCAUCUUCAAGAAUCGUUGACGAACUCCCGGAUCGGCCCACCGUGGACACACUCCUGAUGACAUACUUCAAUGCAAGAUUUGUGACAGUUUCGUUUAUCCAUGCCAACCAGUUUCACAGAGAGUACGACGCGUUCUGGGAGAACCCAUCUUCUACACCACAUCUAUGGAUCAGCCUUCUAUGUUCGAUGUUGUGUCUUGGUUCUGUAGUUGCCCUUGCGAGAAAGGAUCCGAUUGCUACCCUACUGGACAAGACUGCACCAGCUAUUUAUGCAGAUAAGGCGUGGAAAUACUUGGUGUCAGGGCAAUAUCUCAAGCAGAAAUCCUAUGCUGUCGAAGCACUCCUGAUUCACUCGUACUCGAAGUACUGGUUUACCACUGACCAGGAUUCGGAUAUAUGGACUAAUCUUGGCCUUGUCACACGUCUCGCACAGAACAUGGGCUAUCACAGAGAUCCCCGCUGGUUGGGAAGCAAUCUGAGUCCUUUCCAGGGGGAGAUGCGACGCAGAACGUGGAACUUCAUUGAAGUCUUCGACCUACUAGCAUCUCUCCAGCUCGGCAUGCCACCGGUCAUCCACGAAGGCGAAUUCGAUGCCGAGCCUCCUUCCAACCUUCACGACGAUGACUUUGACGAGUUGAGUGCUACCCUACCGCCAUCUCGCUCCUCGAGCGACUGUACCUACGUCGCAUACAUGAUAUGCAAGGCCAGGAUAUCUGCUGUCUUUCGCAAGAUUCUCCGUGUCGUCCUCAUGAGCGACCUCGAGCGUCUCGUACAGGUCGUCGAGUCACUAAACAUGGAACUCGACCAAGUGCAUGAGAGUUUUCCGCAGAGGUUUCGAAUAAGGCCCAUAAAAUCAUCUAGCUUCACGGAUCAGCCCUUCAUGAUCGUCCAACGCUUGCUCCUUGAGCUCCUUUACUUGAAAGCCAAGUGUGUGCUGCAUCGCGACUUCCUAAGUCUACCAGACGAAUACCUUGAGUACAAAGGUCGUGCUCGAAAUGCCGCUCUCCGCGUGCUAGAGCUUCAAUAUGAAUACCACAAUGAAUCUCAGCUCGGCGGACGUCUCGAGCGCGAGGACUGGGUCUUGACAGGCCUAAUACAGCACGACUUUCUUCUAGCUGCGAUGUGAGCACUUUUCCUACUCCUGAGACGUUCCAAUAUUCCUGCUGAUGAUCAAAUUAGGGUCGUAUGUCUUGACGUAUCAAUGUCCCCCUCGCGAACGUACGUCUAACUUUCCCGCUAUAGGCCCUCCAGUGUCACUAACAUUGUUGAAAUAGCAUCGAAGAACUACGCCAGAAAAUCCGCAUGCUCCGCUCUAGUUACUUCAUCUGGCACAACCGAGCCAAGUCUGACGCCAACUCCGGCAAGAUUGCCACCCGAGGUGCACAGCGCGCCACCGAAGUCCUCGCCGCAAUGCUGACCAAACUGUCCAACGAAGGCAAUGCACGGUCAGGCGCUGGCAUAGGCUCAUUGUCUGCCGAGCGUUUACAGAC